UGAAAGGUGAAAUGAAUUGUAAGAGUGUUGCCUGAAGAAGAGGAUGCGUUUUGCGGCGCUGCGCCGUUGCUGUGCUCUUUACUCUUUGCUUUUCUCAUGUGAAGCAGCGCAGCCAAUACAUUCACGUCGUGAGGCCGUUGUGACUUCGGAGGGACAGGCGAUCGCCACAUCUCUCCUUCGAUCUGAAGCGGACAGGCAACGGCUACAACGGCUACAACCCAAGCCGCGGCUGGCUGCAUGUGCUGGGGCCAGAUUGGAAUGCACGCCACAGCUCUCUGCCUCAAACGUAGAUCCCUGCAGCGGCACGGACUGCAAAGCACAUCAUGCGUGUAUGGGAAUGGGUUUUCAGAAUUGUAUGAUCAAGGUGAUGGGACCAGGAGCUGUAUGUGAGUCAGAUCCGAAAGGAUGCAUGCCUGCGUGCGAGGGCCAGCGAUCUAGCAAUGCCACAUGUCACACUUUGCCACGAGGAAUGUGCAAAGGCUCAUAUGUAGUUAUCGAGAACGUUGCGACACAAUGCUUUGCCACCCUGGGCGCCAACGAUUCGGAAGUGGAGUGCGAGAAUGGAUCUCCCUGUGGGGAUCCGGAGCGGGACAAUCCCUAUACAGGCGCCUGAGCCCGACGGUGAAUGCCGCGAGGAUCAAAA